UUUACACAGCAAGAUAUGCAGAAAAAACAAUCAAGAGAGACACAAAUCUACAGUAAUAGGAGCUGCACCUCCCGGUGUGGAAACCAUUUACAGAGGCUUUACAGAAUUAUUUCAGGGAGCCAGAUUUUCUGUGUAAUCCCAAAGCAAGGCACCACGGCGGCCCUCAGACCCCUUGUGAAGCCCAAGAUCGUCAAAAAGAGGACAAAGAAGUUCAUCCGUCACCAGUCAGACCGAUAUGUCAAAAUUAAGCGCAACUGGCGGAAACCUAGAGGCAUCGACAACAGGGUGCGGAGAAGGUUCAAGGGCCAGAUCUUGAUGCCCAACAUAGGUUAUGGAAGCAACAAAAAGACAAAGCACAUGCUGCCCAGUGGCUUCUGGAAGUUCCUGGUGCACAAUGUUAAGGAGCUGGAGGUGCUGCUGAUGUGCAACAAAUCUUACUGUGCAGAGAUUGCUCACAAUGUCUCCUCCAAGAACCGCAAGGCCAUUGUGGAACGAGCAGCCCAGCUAGCCAUCCGAGUCACCAACCCCAAUGCCAGGCUGCGCAGCAAAGAAAACGAGUAGAUGGCUCGUGUGUUUAUUUGUGCUUAAAUAAAAUCACAAAAACUGCAAAAAAAAAAAAAAAAAAAGAA